AGAUAAAAGCUGAAGUCAGACUGACAAAGAGCUUAAGAGAAAAGUGCAAAACUAGACAAAAGGACAGGUCCCCAGCUGCAGUGAUGGGUGAAUCGGACAUCUACAUUCGGCACGUUGAGUUGCUGGGGUUUGAGAAGAGAUUUUUACCCAGCCAACACUAUGUUUAUAUGUUUCUGGUGAAAUGGCAAGAUCUGAUAGAAAAAGUUGUGUAUCGGAAGUUCACGGAGAUCUAUGAGUUCCAUAAAGUUUUGAAGGAAAUGUUUCCGAUUGAAUCUGGGGAAAUUAACACAGAGAAUAGGAUAAUCCCACACUUGCCAGCUCCAAGGUGGUUUGACAGCCAACGCUCCACUGAAAACCGGCAAAACACUCUUUCUGAGUAUUCCUCUGCCUUGAUCAACCUUCCUCGCAAGAUCUCCCGUUGUGCGCAUGUCUUGAACUUCUUCAGAGUCAGACCAGAUGAUCUGAACCUGCCUACUGCAAGCCACACCAAGAAACCAGAAACGUUCCUAUUGCCGAAAGAUUCGAAGAAGAUUGCAACAGACAUCACAGGCCCUAUCAUCCUACAGACCUACCGUGCAAUUGCUGACUAUGAGAAGAACUCUAGCACUGAGAUGGCCAUAAAGGUGGGGGACAUGGUGGAUGUGGUGGAGAAGAGUGAAAGUGGAUGGUGGUUUUGUCAGCAAAAGAAUAAACGAGGUUGGGUACCCGCUGCUUAUCUAGAACCAAUGGAUAGUCCAGAUGAAGCUGAAGAACAGGAGCCCAACUAUGCAGGUGAGCUCCAUAUUGUCCGAAAAGGUUACACGGCUGCUCAGGAAGAUGAGAUUUCCCUCAAGGAAGGAGAAACCAUAGAAGUUAUCCAUAAACUGCUUGACGGUUGGUGGGUAGUCAGGAAGGAUGAGACCACAGGCUACUAUCCUUCGAUGUAUCUGCAGAAAGCAGGAGAGGAUAAAAUUAUAGAGAACAAUCAGCUGAAGAACAAAGCUGCACCUCCUCGAAGGUCUAGCAUCACGAAUAUCAAGAGCAUGCACAACCAAAGCCGCAAGCAGAUCAGCCAGGAGACGUACAGGCGAAACAGCGUGAAGUACAUGUUGAGCAAAAAGAAGCUGAAGAACAACUUCAUGAGCAAAACCAACAUUAUCAAGGAAAUAAAUGAGAGUGAUGAAUCCAAGGCUCAGCCGGCAAUACCUCCGAGGCCCAGCAAAGAUUUGAUUCUGAUUCGUUGUUCUGAAAGCACAAAGAGAAAAAUCCAGUGACGAAGAAGUUGUGGGAUUUAUUCAUCUGGCUUUGCUUCCAUCACUGAGGGACUCAAGUUAUCCAAGAAAGGAUCCUUGGAGGGUCUCUGCUUUUUCUGCCUGUCCUGAACAACCUUACAGAGGAGAAAUGACUUCCUCCAGACCCAAAUUCUUACAUACAGUCUGUGUUUGUAUGGCUGGCUUAAUUAAGUUAGUAAAGCUAUGCUGAGUUUGGGUAGUGUUAAAAUCAGUUUAGUUCCCCCCCACCUUGGAUUUGUGCAUUUUUUGAAUUGAGCCUGUUUAAAGAGUAGAGAGUAUUUAUAGCUCAGCGCUGAGCUGUUGAGUUCUUGGGGUUCUCCGAGCAUGGGUUGUUUUCCUGAAGAUGUUUCAUUACCAGCCUUGGUAACAUCAUCAGUGCAAGGAGGAGUGGGGUUUGCUGGUGAUUUAUAUAUAGUAGCCUGCCCUGCCAGUUGUGGCUGGGGUCAAGUUUCUUCUUUGACAGUUUCUUGGAUAACCAGCAACUUUCACCAAGAACCCCAAGUCUGUUUAGCUAGUUCAUGGCUCAAAUGUAUUGUGUGAAUAUAGGUUAAGUGUGUUGUAUGGACUGGGUUCACAUACCUGUCUUAGCCGUAUCAGUUAAAGCCCUAAGAACAGUGUUUUUCCUACAUUCAAAGCCUGUUUAGUUUUCACUUCCAUUUGGGGUUUUGUUUGGGGUGGUGGUGUUACUUUUCUGUGGUUUAGCUCAUUUGCUUAGUUAGGGUCCAAUAUAUGCUAAUGAAGUUUAACGAUAGGUAGAUUUAGGUUUAGAAUUAGUUGAUUAUAUACUAUUAGUUUCAUUGGGAGUGUAAGUAUAUGAUGGUAUAUAGUGAUUUUAUUCUUUUUGCAUAUGUUUUAGUUCUUACCCGCUUACUUUUUAUUCUCAUUUAUUCUCACUGCUUUUGUUUCUGCAAAUCCAGAAAAUGGAUGUCUGUGGACCAAGCCACAGAGUGAGUGAGCACAAAUGUCCAUAGAUGUUUUGAGUCUUGAUCCAUGGGGUAAUGGGCAUUAUAGAGCACACAUCUAGCUUGUAGAUACGAUUCGUCAAGGCACAAGUCUGUCAAUUCAAUGUACUUAUUUUUCAUCUGCCAAUGGUUGUUACCCAUGCAUAAGAUAGGUUGUUUUCUAAAGUAUGUUUUCGGUAUAUGGGAUCCUGUUCUAUGUCCAUUCUUUUGUGCUUGUAUGUAACAUCUGUAACUAUAUGAUUAAUAAACAAGCUGGAGUGAAAA